AUGGCUAGGUUUCUUCGAUGUUUUCAGGUUGUGGCAAAUGAAUUUUUGGAGGAUGUUCUUGUUGGAAUUCUCCGGCAUCGAGAUGUUGAUCUUGUUGACAAAGUGUUGCCUUCUUUUCUUUUUUGUAAUGAAGAUUUUAUUGUUUGUGACUCAACCAUUCGGGACGUUGAGCUGCAUCGUGUGGUUGCUCAGCCUUCUCAGUCAGCUUCUGUUGAUGUUGUUGAGAUGGAUUCGUCUAUAAGGAAGGGUAUUGAGGACGAAAUUAUAGAGGACAGUAAGGAAGGUGUCCUUGUGGCGCCUGUAGUUAAACAUAAGGUCGUGUGGCAAUGUGUUGGGGGUAUUGAUGCAUGGAAUUUGGCUCUUGUUUGUCGAUUGCGUCCGAGGAAGUUAGCAAGAGGAACUUCUCGUCUUUUGGAGUGUCAGGAAGAGGUGAUUGAUAUUUCUAAGGACGGAAAAGUGGAGAAGGUUGUUGAUUGGCUUAUGAGAGAAAAUUCUUGUUCGUGUAAUUUUGCCCUACCGUUCGAGUUUGUUAAAGGUGCUUUUCCUCCUAGUACUUAUACUGAGAUGUAA